AUGUCCCGGUACAAGGAAAACAACCGGCAAGAUAAUACCCGACAACGCGAGAGGAGACGUCUUUGGGACCGGUUUAUUAGGGUCGCAAACCCGUUCAAGAAAGGCAUGCUUGAGGCCAGCGUGGACCUGGAGAAGGACUUCAGCCAAAUCUUCCUCUGCCAUGCCAAGAUGUAUGUCUUUGCUGACUAUUACGGCAUCUCGCGUCUCAUGGACCUUUCUCGAGAGAAGCUCGGGCAUUUACUGAUCGCACUCACGACCGAUAUGGAGUUUCACGGCCAAAGACUCGCAGAUUUUGUCGCCUUGGUGCGAUACUGCUACGAUAAGCCCUCACCCGAAGCGCUGCAGUCGUUUGUGAUGAUGUACAGCGCUUACCACGCGAAGCUUCUCUGGAAAGAUGCUCAGUUUCAGGAGCUCCUCAAGGACGACGGCGAAGUGGCAUUUGCCUUUAUCAAGGAGGUAAUGCCGGCGUACCUAAACGCCAAAGACGGGGUUUCGUCGGAGGAAUCAUCAUCAGAGAAAUCAUCAUCAGAGAAGUCACCAUCAGAGGAGUCAUCAUCAGAGGAGUCAUCGUCAGAGGAGUCAUCACCACGGCAGGAAAUCCCCAAACCCCGGCUACCACCGAUCGGAAGGAGAUUAACCUUCCGAGGUGGCCUGCCGCCUAUGAGAUAG